UUAUCACUGUAGACCGUGUAAUAAAGUACAAAAAAGAAAAAUUGUGUUUUCCGUUGGCUUUUAGGUUGUGAAUUGUGAAUCGACGCCGUCAACGAUGGGAUUAGGUUUCAUGGUCGGCGUUUUGGGGGUCCUAUUCCUCUUCCACGCAGCUUAUUCCACAAUUCAGUAUAGGGGGCUGUUGAAGAUUAUGGAGGAGGAGUUUUCUGGUCCGCCCAUGAACGUGGUUUUAGAGUUGCUUCUAGGGUUUGUUUUCUGUAUUUCAGCUGCCCUAACCGUGCCCGGGAAUUUUCUCUCCAUACAUCCUGAUUCUGAGGAGAAUAGGAUUGUUUCUUUAUCAGCAAACUUGGACUUUAUGAUCUUCAAUCACAGAGCGAAAGCACUUCCUUUAGAAACUGAUAUGAAGCUGAAGCAUUAAGAUCAAUGAAGCUUCAUGGUCCUUUGAUUAAGGAGAUUACCACUGUUGGCAGGUCUGUUGAACGUAAGAGUAGAGAGCCUAUGUCUCAGGUCAUUGUCGAUUGUUUUCUGAAGUGGUAGUGUUUUUUAACCUUUCAUUACUUGCUAGAAUUUGGAUUUUGGCUUUCUUGUUUACUUCUAUGUUACUUUGCCUGACAUACUGAACCCUAGUUUUUAGUUGGAAUCAUUAUAAGGGCUUUUACCAGGCCAGCAAUUCAAUAUAUUAUUCUUCUUUA